AUGAGUGAACUUGCAGGUAAAAGGUGAAACACUUUAUGUAGUCCAACUAUGCAAGAAAGCUGGGACACUGUUGUGACUGUUAGGCUAUGCCCACUGAAUUCUGUUAGUUUGUGUUGCAAAGUAAACUUCAUAAAUGGUUUAAGGUUAUUGAAUGGAAGGUCCUUUAUUUCACAGAGACUAAUAUCUACCCUCUUUCUUCUUCACCAUCAGCAUGUGGGCCAGAUGAGGUAAUUGCACGUUACCGGAAAGUGUUGAAGGCCUACAAGAAGAAGAAGAGCCUCAUUGCUUCUUGCAAAAUAGUGGGAGUAGAUCGCAACACAAUUACCCUGAAUGCACCAAUUGCAGAGCUUUCCAUUGCUGCACCUGAAAAUUUUGCAGAGCUCAAAGAACAGCAUAGAAGAAAGCACAAGCUUGGUGAUUUUGCCGGGAAAUGUCUAGAUGCCAUCCGUGACAAUCCAGAUAUUGACAGUAAAGUUCAGGCACUUAAGAAAUCAGGGAAACUGUUGCCUGUUGGAAAGGGGAACUUUUGA